CUGGAUGUCCAACCACUGAUCUGAGCUCUGAGGACGAAGCAGGUGAACGUGGGAAAAGAAGAGUAAGGCCAAAUCCUGUGUACAUGGAGUCAGAUGGGGAGUCAGAAACCAGCUGUGUGAAGAGAACAUUUGCCAAGCCACCUGAUGUUCAUUGUCCUACAGUGCUCCCAGAAUCCAGCCAGUACCCCUCAGGACCAACCCCAAAUGCAAGCAGUGCCUCUGGAGGAAGCCACUCGGAGGAUGUUCUGUCAAUUCACCAGGCUGACAAUGGCUUUUGUGGAAGCUAUUUGGCGGAGUUGGACCAGUCACUGUAAUGAUGGAUUGCCAACAUAUAACUCCAGCCCCUACCACGCUAUGCCAUUAGAGAAAGCAAGGAAUGACGGCGGUGCCAGCUAUGCACAUGGCUCAAGAUUAGCUGACUUCAGCGCACUGGGCUUGGCUCACCUGACCCCGCAGCACCCAUCCCACCCCCCUUCAGCUCCAGAAACACCACGGGGGAGAUUAUAUGGAGAGGAAUCAAGCAGAGUGUUGAAAGACAUUGCUGCCAUGACAACCACGAAGAUGCUUACCGAGCUAUGUAUGGAGGUGAAGCAGAUCUCACGUGACAUUAACUUUAUAAAGACGGAACUUGCUAAACUAAACAUUCAUGGAGCUGGACCAGAGUCACAAGAAGACAACUUCCCCAUAAUGCUUCCACUCACCAACGAGGAGAAGUUUGAUGAGACUGAAGCUGCUUUGAGGGAGGAAGCAGUCCGUCGAAAGAUGAUUACCCGCCUGGCAUUAGUCGGAGGGACCAACUCGGAAAAUAUGAUCCGGCGAAUGCUAUCCGCUGCCAUGACAAACAGUCUAGCCUGCAUCUUCAACUGGGUGGGAAAGGGAGAGAAGAGGGCCUUCAAGGACACGCUGAUAAAGGACUGCAUGUUUGCUGCUGCUCGUCAAUUUGACCGCAGGCUGACGGAAUUGACAUUCAGGGUUGGAGUGCAGAAGUGGCUACGUUACGCACCGGAGAGGAAUGGCGGUGUACCAAGGAAAAAAUAGUUAAACGGACAUUGUUCAAAGUUGGGGUGUUUUCGUUCAUGUUGAACUGGGGUCUUAUAGAUCUGAGUUUAUAGUUAAGACUGCCUUUCCACCGAGUAUGACAACCCUGUUUGCAGUUGCCAGGUUUUUAUGUCAUCUGGAGUUUCAGAGCAAAUAUAAUUUGAACUACAGUUGAUGGCCAGAUCAUUGUCUCUAAGGAGCUUCCUCCACUUAAAGGUCCCAUGUCAUGCUUUCCCGGUUAUUACCCGUCCCCUUGUUGUUAUGUA